UUUCCGUGCGGGCGACAGUCAACAAGUUAGAAAUGUCUAAAAGAACCUACGAAGAAAGGAUUGACUAUUACAACAAUAAAAUUAAAAAGUACAUGGAUAAAGAUCGACGGAAACGACGACGUUUGCGGUUGAGUUCAUCUUCGGAUGAUUUCCCAGAAAAUGACUACAGGAGCGAGACCCUGGUGCUCGACCGAGACCAGGAGGCUAUCAUCGAGACCAUGGACCCUCCUCCAGAUCUCCGAGAUGAUUUAAGGGCUGGCUCCGCGGAGCCGCCCUCAGAAGACGCAGUGGACUUGAUCAUCGAGCCAACAGCGUCGGCCACGGAGCCUCCACCGGCCACAGACCCAGCGGUCGCCGACCAGCCCACGGGCGCCGAGCCCACCACUUCAACGACGGACGUAGACCCCGAUAUUUUACAAGCUCUCGGGGAAGCUACGGACGUGGGACCUACGUUUGGCGAGGAAAUACACCAAAAUUUAUGCCAAUUAUGGCAGCCCUUACUUAAAAAAGGUAUGUCCAAAGAAGCGAAGGACAAAAUUUUAAAACAGUACUUGGUUCCAAGCAACUGCACACUGCUGCAGGCGCCGAAACUUAACAUUGAAGUCUCCGCGACAGCCAACGAGAUGGUCAAGUCACGUGAUAAAAAAGUGGAGUCUGCCCAGCAACAACUUGGCGCGGGCAUCACGGCCAUCAGCAGAGCACUGACGACGCUGAUGACGACAAAUAAUAAAGUGGAGGCCGUUAGAGUAUUAAGUGAUGGCUGUCGGUUGCUAUGCGAUUUGCAUUUUAUGGAGACACAAGGCCGAAUCAAAAUGCUCGCAUCUGGGCUUACUAAGCCAUUCCUGAACGUCAUUCAAGACAGUGUACGGGACGAAACUUUGUUUGGUAAUAAUUUGACUGAGAAGAUUAAAGCAUCAAAUACUAUAGAAAAACAAGGAAUGCAAAUAAGGAAGACACCACAACCUCCGAAAGCCACCACGUCCAGCCACUCAGGACCCAGACCUUCCCAGUUCCAGGGAAAUUGGACGGGCCCUCCUCGGUACCCAUACCCACCGAGCCGGGGGGGGCGCGGGGGACAGCGGAGGCCGCCACCCAGUGCGCGCCGCCCGGCGCCGGCGCCCGCGACCAGCAGGCCGCCGCCGCCGCAGGGCAGGUCGCGUGUCCCAACUCGUCCCUGA